AUGGGAGUGCACACGCCAGAUGCUACCGGCAACAGCUCAACUUCCUUCAGACCCAAUCAUGGCUAUCCCACUAGAACAACUGCCACGAACACCCAAGGCAGGGAAGGCGCAUCCUCAACCUGCUACGGCUCUCACAUCUGCUCAGAGGUAUCUUCUGUUGAGCAAAGGCAUCUCACAGAGCGAAACGUGAGGCCAGAUCCCCCUACUUGCACUACGACUCUGGACCCAUACCCUUUCCUAUCAGCCUCACAAUAUCCCAACACCAUACCUGAUGAACUCGCGGAGCUUCUUAGGGCAAUGAUACCUGGUCCGAAAGGCGACGAGUUGGCAGAGGCCUUUCAAGAGGCAUCCGAAACACCCCCCAUUACGAAGCAGUCACUGAGUGAGCUCGACAUACAGAGUGUCAUCACCAAUAUCAAGUUACGGCAUGACGUCAACUUCGACCGCGACCUCAGUUUUAGGCCAAAUCUCGAUGGAGCCAAGGGGCAAGAAAAGACGAGGGCCGCAAGCAACUACUGGACAGCGUUGGUUGCGGAGUUGAUGCUGUAUGAAAGACUCUACCGAGGGACUCGCCCAGUGCCGCUCGGCCAGAUCUCCUGGGAAGCUAUCACUCAUCAUGCAGAGCGACGCAUACCGACCAUGUUUCAAACGAUUGCCAACGUACUCAAGAGUCUUGUACCCGAUCGCGAUCACUCGAGAGUGGACGAACAUCUCGAUGUCGCAGUGCUUAUGCAAGAAAUCGAAAAAGGCGUUUGUGAUUUGGUCAGAUUUGCGGAAUGGAUGGCACAGCUUUUGAAAGAGCAUUGUGCACCCAUGAGAGACGAAUGGGUGGAAGACAUGGUCAAACGUACUCAGGAGGGCGUGUUGCACAACGACCCGGCCAUGAUUGUACAGGGCUUACGGGAGCUUCUGGGCAUAUUGGAGGCUAUGAAGCUCGACAUUGCCAAUCACCAAAUUAGGAAUUUGAAGACUUUACUCAUCGAAGACACGAUCAAUUUCGAAAAUCACUAUCAUCUAGACAAAUUGGUCAAUGUCAAUGGCCGGGCGAGGGUGAACAUCAACACAGCCCAGAGCUGGUACGUUGACGCGAUCGAAGAAUUUGGCCAUCAAUGUACACCUCGGCAACACAACUCCUCGAAUUUCCAACUUGAAGCUUUCGUACGCGUUGUCGUUGCCACUUUGUUGGAUCGAAAUGCGAGAAGAGAUUUCCCUGAGACCUUCUACCUGGAUCGGGACCGUCUAAUGAUGCUCAAAGCUGAACUCAACGAUACAUUGUGUCUUGAUAUUUGCAUGGACACUUACAUGCACAUCGUCAAAGAUCUUGGUUACGAAGGAAAGUCGGUUGAAGUGUGCAGUAAAGAAUUGCGCAAAUCUCUUUUGGCUAUCAUGAGCGAAGCCAUUGGCCAUGGUUCACAGCAGUGGAGUAUGAAUUCAGAAGCCAUCUCAUUAGAGAUACUACGGCAUGCAUCACGUCUUGCUGGAAGCGCUGCAACUGCUCAUUUCGACCAGUGGGCAGACAUCAAUCAACACCUUCGGAGUCUAUUCAUGGAGGGCUCCGUGUCACAUUCCACACAGUUAGAAGCAUCUCUUGUACCACUAAUUCUCACCAGCGUCCGUCGAUGUAUCGCCUCAUCACCGGUGGAGCUCUAUAACAGUUUUGUGACCAUCCCAUCAUCGAUACCGCCUACCUCGGCCUACCCGUCGCCAUGGUACCAUACUGAUCCGUUUUCGUUUACCGUCAUUCGAUCAGAAAAUGACAAACUGGCAGAAUUUGCCAGGCGCAUCUCGCACAUUAUCACCUUGCAUUGGCGCAUAUGGGGCUCGAUCGCCUACGUUCAAGAUGAUGACAAAGGUCAACCCUCGGCAGAUCCACAAGAUGGCGAGAUCUCAUCAUCGCUGCUUUCCUCACCACACAAUCAAUCAUCACUGACUACGGAUGGGGGCAUCGCAGCCAUGAAGAUGCUAGAGUUGCGGGAUUCGAGCCAGGAGACCCACAUCGCGCAUCACACCUCUUCACAAUGA